AUGGCAGGGCCUCGAAGGGCGAACACCACUGCCCCUAACGAGUGUGCGUAUCGCUGCGAUGUCAACUAUGUUGGUCCUAUCCUCAAGCAGGUGGUCCUCCAUCCACAGAUUCAGAAAAAAGAGGUGACCGCCCAUCUCCACAAAAGGGUGGAGAAUCCAGAGGUCCAGGAGGUCAAGAAAAACAAGGCCCCGGAGGUCCAGGAGAGGAGCAAAAUGAAGGACCCGGAGGACCAGGAGGAGAGGGAAAUGAAGGUCCUGGCGGUCCAUGUGGUCCAGGAGGAGAGGGAAAUGAAGGCCCCGGCGGUCCAGGAGGUCAACAAAGAGAAGGCCCCGGAGGUCAAGGAGGAGAGGGAAAUGAAGGUCCUGGCGGUCCAGGAGGUCAACAAAGAGACGGCCCCGGUGGACCAGGAGGAGAGGGAAAUGAAGGUCCUGGCGGUCCAGGUGGUCCAGGAGGAGAGGGCCCCGGCGGUCCAGGUGGAGAGGGAAAUGAAGGCCCCGGAGGUCAAGGAGGUCAACAAAGAGACGGCCCCGGUGGACCAGGAGGAGAGGGAAAUGAAGGUCCUGGCGGUCCAGGUGGUCCAGGAGGAGAGGGCCCCGGCGGUCCAGGUGGAGAGGGAAAUGAAGGCCCCGGAGGUCAAGGAGGUCAACAAAGAGACGGCCCCGGUGGACCAGGAGGAGAGGGAAAUGAAGGUCCUGGAGGUCCAGGUGGUCCAGGAGGAGAGGGCCCCGGCGGUCCAGGUGGAGAGGGAAAUGAAGGCCCCGGAGGUCAAGGAGGUCAACAAAGAGACGGCCCCGGUGGACCAGGAGGAGAGGGAAAUGAAGGUCCUGGCGGUCCAGGUGGUCCAGGAGGAGAGGGCCCCGGCGGUCCAGGUGGAGAGGGAAAUGAAGGCCCCGGAGGUCAAGGAGGUCAGGAAAAACAAGAACCCGGAAGUCAAGAAGGUCAGGAAAGACAAGGACCCGGAAGUCAAGAAGGUCAGGAAAGACAAGGACCCGGAAGUCAAGAAGGUCAGGAAAGACAAGGACCCGGAGGUCAAGAAGGUCAGGAAAGACAAGGACCCGGAAGUCAAGAAGGUCAGGAAAGACAAGGACCCGGAAGUCAGAGAGGUCAGGAAAGACAAGGACCCGGAGGUCAAGGAGGUCAGGAAAGACAAGGACCCGGAAGUCAAGAAGGUCAGGAAAAACAAGAACCCGGAAGUCAAGAAGGUCAGGAAAGACAAGGACCCGGAAGUCAAGAAGGUCAGGAAAGACAAGGACCCGGAAGUCAAGAAGGUCAGGAAAGACAAGGACCCGGAGGUCAAGAAGGUCAGGAAAGACAAGGACCCGGAAGUCAAGAAGGUCAGGAAAGACAAGGACCCGGAAGUCAGAGAGGUCAGGAAAGACAAGGACCCGGAGGUCAAGGAGGUGAAGGAUCUGGCGGAGAAAGGCAACCUCCUCCACGAAGGAACUAACUUUCACGCAAGGUGAGCUUGUUUCUAGCUGCCUCAAUUUCUAA